UACGAUCACGUUAAGCACUAAUAUUUGUUACCUCUUAAUUAAAUGUUAUUACUCGCAACAAUAUAUUGAUGAUUUUAAUGAUCACAACUGACAACUUUAUAAUUUAUUUAUUUUCGCAAAUUGCAAUUUUGUCUAAUCAAGUUUGGACAUUUAAUAUUGAAAACGACUCUAAAUCGCGAGAAGUAAAAGUAGAAAGUAAAAAUUGGUCAUUAAUAAGUUUAUCGAAGUAAUAAACUCCGGGCAGUCUUAAAAUAAUACAGCGCAGCAUGUUCGUGUAAGUAUGCAAGUUACCUGUACGCAGGCAAUCGAGUUACGCAGAAUUGGCAUUGUUACAACGUUGUAAAAUUCAAACGAGUUUCACCUGGAGCGCAACAAAAAGAAACGCCCCGGUGUCGCCUCGUAAAAAACGCAAUUAUGGUGGUUGCUGCCGCCGUAAAGUGAACCGCCUUCCAUAGAUAUUCGCGCAAUCAUUGAAACGACUUCAAUUUUUCACCAGGCGUUCCUCUCCAUACGCUUUCGUUUCAUAUGCUCUUCUUUUAAAAAAAUACGUUUUUUUGUUACUGAAGUUCCUCCAAAGAGACCUGAAAUAGUUAUCAAUAGUUAGAAUAAAGCUUAAGAUGUAACUCGACGAAUGAUUUUACAAAGCGCGCUGUAAAACGAUUGCAGAAAAAAAAUUGUUGCAAUCGUCGGCUUUUACUAAACUGGAAAUAAAAAGGGGAGCGGCGGACGUUCGUCUGGUGCCCUCGAUCCUUAUUCGCGAUGCAUUACUCGAGCAGAUGCACGAGUUCCCAUGAACCCAUCUACCAAUGACCUAUACCGCGACUUAGAGCCCGGAGUCGUAACACAGACGAGAGGGAAAAUCAUCUUCGGGAGAAGGGAUUCGCCAUUCUCUCCUUUCGUAGGAUCUAAGACACACUUACGACCCGGAUAGUGGAAUAUGGUAGUCGCGUAACAUCCAUGGUGCCAUCUCGAGCACUCGUCUUCCUCGCGCUAGGCAUCUCUGAUAGUACGUCGUUAGGGCGAGAGCGAUCGCUCGGAGUUUAAACGCCUCCUCCCAGGUCCCAAAUUAACAGAAGAAGAACGACUACGCCGCUCGAAGUAUGGCGAGCACGAUACCAUGGAUGCUGUCAAUGUCUCUACUGGCUGUCCCAAAAUUUGCGGCUUACACGAGUCCUAGCAUCCUAUCCAGGGACCUUCAAGCACCUGCGUUGCCAUUAUCUUCAUCCAUUUCUACUCCAUUUUUUCCGACGCACAACAUCAACUACAAAGAUUCAUCAUCGGAGUAUGAUGAACACGCCGGCUCGCCACGGAAUUGCGAUAAUCAUCGGUCGGAGGAAAAAUCGACGAUUUCCACGAACGUAGGCAAUCUUUACGGAUCGACGCCGCAAUCGCGCCAUCGCGUUGCUACAUCCAAUCUGGGUAGAAGCAAUCCUUCGAGACCCAUUGGAAGAGCUAUCGAUACAUUCCGCGCGGAUCCUCACUUGGUCAAUCAAUUGGAUUUUCACGAUUUCGGCGAUGGUUUCGAGCCGGGGCGUAUUAUAGACGACUACGUCGGUCCCGCCAUGGAACUAGUGUAUGCCUGGUCCACGAUUGAUUUUGAAUUCGACAGUAUAGACGCGCGAGAUAAUGCUAUAUUUGAGGGCGACUAUAUUGCGGAGAAUAACUUGCCGCUGGGCCUGGAAGUCUGGCGCGACAAAGUCUUCAUUACUCUGCCAAAGUGGAGAACUGGCAUACCGGUGACUCUGGCUACCGUGCCCAGACGUUCCAAGACAAGAAACCCCAAAUUAAGACCGUAUCCUAACUGGCACUGGCAUCAAUCAGGCUGCGAGAGCUUAACGUCAGUCUUCCGAGUUCAAGUGGACGAAUGCAAUCGGCUAUGGGUCCUCGACUCCGGCAAGACGGAGCUCGCCAAGAGAUCUAAGCAAGUCUGUCCCCCCGCCAUAUUCAUCUUCGAUCUGCGCACCGACACCCUCAUCAAAAAAUACGUCUUGCCAGACGAGUAUAUUAAACAGGACUCCCUGUACAUCAAUAUCGCUAUAGAUAUCAGAAACAACGAUUGCGGCUCCGCGGUAGCGUACUUGGCCGACGUCUGGCGAUACGGUGUCGUGGUGUACGACUUCUUCAAGGAUUCCGCCUUCAGAGUCGAGCAUCAUUUCUUCUAUCCCGAUCCCCUGGCGUCCAGAUACGAGCUGCACGGUAUAAAGUUCCAAUGGACCGACGGAAUAUUUGGAUUAGCGCUUAGUCCCGUGGAUGUUCACAACGAAAGAACGAUGUUCUUCCAUCCGAUGUCCAGUUUUCGAGAAUUCGCCGUGCCCACGUCGGUUUUCAGGGACAAGCGAACCGCGGAAUUUCACUCGGAGAAGUUCAUGCCCGUUGGGAAGCCCAGAGCCAAGGACUAUGGCCAUUCUUCGGGGUCCGCCAUAGAUAAGAACGGCGUCAUGUUCUUCAACAUGGUCACCAGGGACUCCGUGUGGUGCUGGGACACCAGGAAGGAGUACAUACCGCAGAAUCUGGGCGUAAUUGGGACUAGCAACGAGUCCUUGGUGUUCCCGAACGACAUCAAAGUGGAUCACGAGCCGGAUCAGAGUGUGUGGCUGCUCACAAAUCGAUUGCCGAUGUACUUGUACGGGACACUGAACAGCGGUAGUAUUAAUUACAGAGUGUUUAAGGCGGAUGUUAAGGAGGCUAUCAGGGAUACCGUCUGCGAUCCUAAUUACGUAGUUCCUGAUUCGGAUCCGGGCCUCGACGACACUUGUUGAAAAUUUUCCUCGCAUUAAAUUAAUUCUCGACAAUUCUAAUCAAAUUUUUCUCCUCGAUAUCGAAAUGUCUCUUAUUUUAAAGUCUAAGCAUUGAAAUGAAAUCUCCAGCACUGAAGCAUUAAAUUGUUCAGGGAGACCUCCUUUUCUUAAGUUAUUUCGUUUAUUUAUUGUAUUCUUGAUUAUUGCCAAUUGUAAACUAUGAUAAAUUGAGUAUUUGUUGUACGAUAUUUAACACGCAUUGUUUAGCGCAAGCACGUUAUUUAAACAUUCCUACUACUGUAAGCAGUGCAGUCUUCCGAGUUACCAAUGAUUAGACAAUUACAUGUAAAAUUUUUAGCAUAAAUAUAUAUUUUGUACAUACAUAAA